AUGUGGACAACAACCUGCGGCUUGCGGGGCAAGAAGCUCCAUCUAGCCAUCACCAUCACUUCCGUCGUGGGCUUCUCCCUUUUUGGGUAUGAUCAGGGUUUGAUGUCUGGUAUCAUUUCCGGAUCCCAAUUUGUUAAGGAAUUUCCCCCUCUUGACGACAAAAUCCGUCCCAUUCCCGACGGUUAUAGCAGCGAGAAAGCCUUCACUUCACAUGUCUCCGUUCUCCAAGGUGCCGUCACGGCCUGUUACGAGCUAGGCUGUUUCUUCGGUGCCAUCUUCACUCUUUGCUUUGGUGAGCGUAUCGGCCGUACUCCCCUUCUGGUGACCGGUGGUAUCCUAAUGGUAAUCGGCCAGUUCGUCGUCGGCCGUGUCAUAUCCGGUCUCGGUAACGGCAUGGACACCGCUACUAUCCCCGUUUGGCAAUCCGAGUGCUCUCGCGCCCACAAUCGCGGCUUCCUCGUCUGCUUCGAGGGUGCUAUCAUCGCCGUCGGUACUUUUGUAGCCUAUUGGAUUGAUUUCGGUCUUUCCUACGUCGAUUCUUCGGUUCAGUGGCGGUUCCCCGUUGCUUUCCAAAUUGUCUUCGCUCUCGCCGUCAUCGUUGGAGCUCUGAUGCUUCCCGAGUCACCUCGUUGGUUUGUCAUGCGGGGCCACGACCAGCAGGCGUUGGAGGUUCUGGCAGCCCUGAACGACAGCUCUGUCGACGGGGAGGAUGUACUUACCGAUUAUAAUCUGAUGAAGGCCGACUUGAAUGCCCAGGAAGGUGCUAAGGCCAGCUGGACCACCCUCUUCAAGUUUGGCAAGACCCAGGAGUUCCAGCGCAUGAUGAUCGGUUGCUCUGGUCAGUUCUUCCAGCAGUUUACCGGCUGUAACGCUGCCAUCUACUACUCUACUCUGUUAUUCCAGAACAACCUCAACAUCAAAGGCAAGCUGUCGUUGGUUUUGGGCGGUGUCUUCGCCACGGUCUAUGCUCUCGCUACGAUUCCGUCCUUCUUCAUGAUUGAGAGGGUGGGUCGUCGCAAGUUGUUCCUGAUUGGCUUCGCUGGACAAGGUCUUUCCUUCAUUAUCACCAUGGCUUGCCUGAUCGAUCCCACCACUCAGAAUGCCAAGGGCGCCGCCGUUGGUAUCUUCCUGUUCAUCUGCUUCUUCGCCUUUACGACUCUGCCGCUGCCUUGGAUCUAUCCCCCGGAAAUUAAUCCUCUCCGUACCCGUACCAUGGCUGCCUCGGCUUCGACCUGCACCAACUGGAUUACCAACUUUGCUGUCGUCAUGUUCACACCGGUGUUCUCCUCCACCAGUGGCUGGGGUAUCUACCUCUUCUUCGCCCUGGUCAAUUUCAUCGGAAUUCCCUUCGCCUGGUUCUUCUACCCUGAGACUGCUGGACGUGAUCUUGAGGAAAUCGACAUCAUCUUCGCCAAGGCCCAUAUUGAGAAGAAGUGGCCUUAUCAGAUUGCCAACCAGAUGCCCAAGCUCACCGUUGAGCAGAUCUCUCAGAUGCAAAACGAGCUGGGUCUGGAUACCCCGGAUCACCGGAUCGCAUCCGAGUCAGAGAAGGCCGAGAUCGCGAUGAGCAGUGGCGAGAGCGAGGGAAAGCACGCCUCUGAUUAA